AUGGAAGAUGGAGACGGGAUGGAAGACACGGACGGGGAAAGAUUUAGCGAAGCCAUGGCAGCCUUAAAUAGAAUAUCACAGUCCAUUAGUCUAAUGGAUAAAAACAAUAGGGAUUGUUUGGCAUGCGAUAAUACCAUUGAAAUCUCGACGAUUGGAGAUGUUGUUCGGAUGUAUUCCUAUCUUCUUGCUUGUGUGUCUGAUCAUGUGGCCAAGGUUCUACCUAUUGACUUCCGGGAUGCCUUUAUUGUGGAGAGUCUUAUUCUUGACAACAUCUGCGAGAAAAAGGUACUUGACUUCAAUAAGAUCUUUGAAGAAAUAAGAGAACCCUGCGACUUUGUAAAGAAAGAAAUACGGGAAGCAGCUGAGAAAUGCUUACUGAACAAUUCUAUAAACAUCGACUGCGAACAAGAGCUGGAUUCUCUGAUGUACAAGGUGUACAAGAAGUGUGUGGAUUCCAAUUUUUCCAAAAACCUCAGUCUGAAAGAGGUGGAACUUCUGCUUGUGAUUUUGUUUAGAAGAUCGGAAUCUUCGAGAUUCUUCAAGGUUUUUGGCAGGCAUAAAAAAAGUAAGGGGAUAUUUAGACUAGGGCUUCUUAUGAGUCUUAAGGAUGGAGACGAAGCCAGCAUGCACAAAUUGCUGGAAGGAUAUAACGAAGAUAGUCUUUCAGUAGAAAGCUACUUUCUGAGCAACGAGAGUGAUUUUCUUAGGAGGUCGAUUGAUCCUGACUGGAUUCUCCUUGGGGAGGAUAAUAAAGAAUGGAUCUCUUUUAGAAGAAAAGAAAUGGAAUGGGAAGAAUGCGUUCAUUUCUGGGCUGUAAACAGAGAGGGAUCCUCUUCUGCACUAAAUAAGUCAAUGAUGGACCUCUGCAUCAAACACGAGAAGUAUGAGGAGGGAUGGGUUGUUUACUCCCGAGGAUGCAAAAAAACACUCUAUGUUAUACACAAGGCAUGUCUUCUUUCGCUGAAGGGGCUGAGACAAACCAACGAUCGAAAGUGGAUUUCAAGGCUGUUUGAAGUAGUGGAAGCCUCAGGACCUGAAGAAGACGAUGCAAAAUAUUUGGUCGCAAGUGACGUCAUUGAAAACCUCUCGGCUCUCUCUGAAAAUACGCGGAAUCUUGUCCUGAAAGAAUUUAUAACCCGAAUGGAUCUUCUUGGAAAAAACGAGAAAAUAGUGAAUUUGGUUAUAAGAGGACUUCUAUCCCUCUGCCAGAAGUGCGAAGAGAGCCAGAAAGCACAUACUUCCCUUGGGAACUAUGCCGACAUUCUAUACACUAAGUGGAAAAAACACAAACUUUGCGGCAACUAUCCUCUAGACAACCGAGACCAAAUCGAGUCAGAAAUAUAUUCAAAUGUGCUGAGUGUUUUCGAUACUUUGCAAGAUAAGGAAAAAGUCCUUGGAGUUUGCAAAGACGUGGUUAACAGCAAUGCAAAGAUAACCAAAGAACUUUGCUCCAAGAUUCAGGCACUCCACACAGUGAACCUUGAGUCCCUUAAAUCGGAACCUACGUCCCUGGAACAGUAUUCUGUCUUAGAGCGGCUAGUAUCGCUCGUUCUGCAGAAGCAUUAA